AUGUACAAUCUAAAGCUGCCAGUUGUCCUUAUUGUUCUCUCUGUUGCCUUAAGCUAUCUGGAGGCUACACCUAUUGAUAGAUUGAUGUCAGUGACUGGUGAUAUCUCGGGUGGAAAUUCUGAAAGACAAAAAUGGAUAUUGCCAAAUCUGUCAAGAAAUAAACUUUUGGAACCUACUGGGACUGUGUCUGAAAAAGAAGCAAAAAAAGUAAAAAGUCAUCAUCUGGAAAAAAGGAAAUGCAACACAGCUACAUGUGUAACACAGCGGCUGGCUGACUUUCUAGUUCGAUCUAGCAGUAACAUUGGAGCAGUUUUCUCCCCUACCAACGUGGGAUCCAACACAUAUGGCAAGAGAGAUAUAGUCGGUAUAUUAAGCAGAGAGCCUUUGAAUCAGCUUCUACAUUAG